GCCUUAUCCACUUCAACCCCGCGGAACAACGCAUUCAAUCCCAACUGCCUCAUCCAUUGCUGGCCAACGAUAAACACGCAUCGCAUGGCCCGAUGCGUUGUCGAUUAAGCAGUGCUCUAUAAAUCUUGUCCGCAUUAGCUGGAGUAUUCCUCCACCUUUGUGCCUCUCUACUGCAUCUCUAUUUACCUACUGCGACUACUGUUUACACUCUAUUUACAAUGGCCGUCCGAGUCUAUCGCCAAAACCGUCGCCGGUAUCACUGGCCAGAACUCCAAUUCAACGUUUGGAUUCUCGUCGUCUUGUCCGGUUCGGCGAUUUGUCUGGGCAUUUUUGCUUGGUUGAUGGCUGUGCAAUCGCAAUUGCAGCUUGGGAUACCAUGGCUAUUCCCCUACAUGGUCGUCUCAGGAAGUCUCGCCGUCUUCUUCAUCAUCCUCCUACUCGUCCUCGCCACCCAACGCUUCCUCCUCCCCGGCAUCGUCCUCGUGGGCAGCUUCAUCCUCUUCGUCCUCUGGCUGACAGGCCUAAUCGAGACCUCGCUGCAGAUGUACGGGAUCGUCGCGAACGUGAGCGAUAACUGUCGCAAUUUCGUCACAAACCAGGAGAGUCAUGGGAAUACGAUGCGGACGCUGGCGUGGCUAACGCAGAAUAAUAUCUGUAAUUGUUGGAAGACGGCGUUUGCGUUUGAGUUGGUGAAUACGAUCUUUUAUCUUUGGAUGAUGAUUAUGGCGUGGCAGGUUAAUCGGGAUGUGUAUGACUGAUGGAUUGAUGGAUUUAAUGACUGCAUGAUUAUGGCGUUGGUUUUGGUUUUGGUUUAUGUAUAUAUGACUGUUACUGUAUUGAUAUGUGAUGAUUUAGAUUCAUUGCCUGGAGCUAUCAUUUAGUACCUAAUCGAACAGGUCUGCUCAG